UUACGUUUGAUAAUUAUUUUGACCAUGACAGGUUGUUUUCAUCGGAAAUUCGGAAUCGGAAAGCAGGCCAAAUAGGCUAGUUUUACAUAACCAAGAACAACAGACUAAAAAAUUCUACCUUUGCUCUUGUGUAAAAUUGAUAAAGAAAUUACUAAGCCAAAGCUUCUAUUUUGAAUUUUUGUUUUAUUGUACCCUACAUUGUUGCAGUGUUCACAUUCAUCAUGGAAAAAGUAGCAAUAUUUGGUGCCACCGGUAUGACUGGAUUAUGUGCUUUAGAAGCAGCAGUCAAGUCAGGUUUGAAAAUAAAACUUCUGGUGAGAGAUCCAGCCAAAAUACCAGAAAAUUACAAAGAUAAAGUUGAAUUUGUUGUUGGCGAUGUAACUAAUCAAGACGAUGUCAAUAAAACUGUUGAAGGCCAGGAUGGUGUGAUAGUUGUUCUUGGAACAAGAAACGACUUGAAUGCUACCACUGCUCUCUCUACUGGCUUGAAGAAUAUUGUAACAGCUAUGAAAGCAUACAAUGUCAAACCGAUAUCAGUAUGUCUCUCUGCAUUUCUGUUCUACGAACCCGAAAAGGUGCCAGCCAUCUUCAAGGAGAUCAACGCGGAGCACAAGCGCAUGCACGACGUGCUGACCGCGUGCAGCGAGCUCGACUGGGUGGCCGUGUUCCCACCACACAUCGCCGACCAGCCCCGCUCAGAGUUCAUCCUCAAGCACGGCGAGUCGCCCGGGCCGCGCGUCAUCUCCAAGUACGAUCUCGGCGACUUUCUCGUCGGCUGCCUCUCCAAGCCUCAGCAUUACAAGAAAGUGGUCGGCAUCGCCAAUGUUCCUAAGUAAACUAUUUAGUUCAAUUCUAACUAUAGUGUCCAUUUUAUAUUGUAUUUCUGAACCUUGCAUUUUAGAUGUACUAAUAUACUAUAGUAAUUGGUAUAUAAAUAAAAAUAUAUUCAAUAUUAAUUAAAUAUAUUGUAAUUGAUGUAUAGUAAGAUGUUUUAUAGCAAUUCGAAGACUGAUUCUAAUAAGAGUGCUGUUGGUUCAAUUUCCAAAUCAAGUUACAACUCUAUAAGCUGUUCAAAACAAGUAUCUACAUACCAGAAUUUUUCGUAACCUUACUGAAUCGAAGUUCUUUGAUUAGUGAAUAAAAAGUGUUUAAAAAUGGAAGAUUUUAGGAAAUUGCAGUUACCAACUGCAGGAAUAUUAUUACUGUUUGCAGUAGCAGAAGUCCUUAGUUAUAUUUACGAGUAUAUAGCUUCCAUUGGAUAUAUUUGAAAUAAUUAUUUUACAGAAAUACAUGUUUGUUAAUCUUGAUUAAACUUUCAUUUUAUUAUGUUACCCAACUAAGUUUUCAUUUGAAGUUACUGUAAUGAUAUAGCGAGUAAAUCACUAGAUUUAUUUUCCAAUGUUCUUAAAUAUAAAAUGUUAUCAAAGGAAUAUUUAUAUUCUUAUUUAAAAAACAAUUAUGUUGUAUUUAAAGUUUAUGUUUCAUUCAAAAACUUCAUUAUAAGAGAAACUAUUUAUAUUAGGUUUUAGUGUUUAAUAUAUUAUUACUAAAUAUCAAGGCUCAAACGAAUAAUUUAUGUUUUCAAACUGUUGAACGUAGUGGUUCCAUAAUAUUAGGUAUUGUAAUUUAUACAAUGUUAUAAGCACAUAUAAUGUAAUUUUUGGUGCAUACUAUCAUAAUAAAUAUAUAUUAUUUCAGGAAA